AGGUAAACACAAAAGCAGAAAAAAAUAGAGAAAAGCGUUAUGUGUGUAGGCGAGGGUGGAAACUCUGACGGAAUCAGGAUUGGUAGAGAAGAUGAAUACCAUUCAGAUGGGAUGAGUGUUAAAGGAGUUCUAAAAUAGGCGCUAGCAGUUCAAGGAAUAGCAUUUGGAGAAGAACAUGAGCUCGAGAGCAUUGAAAAGGCUGGGCAAAGCCUCUUUGGAGGACGAGCUAGCGAAGUAUCAGAAGAAAGCAGAGAGUGACGAGGACGAAUCAAAUGACGAAGGUUACAACCAUGGUCCGGGGAAGAUGAAUGCAGCCAAUGCCUUUGCAUUUUUGCAAGGAAGCGAGGAAGAAGGUGAGGAUAGUGAAGAAAGUGAAGAAUCGGAGGAUGAGAAGGAAGAAGUCGCCAAAUCCACAAAACACGUAGCGUUUUCCAGCGCAGAUAAAAAGACUGGAAAGAACGACUUAAAGGGUAAAGGCAAAGGCAAAUAUAACAAGGGUGCGAAAACUGUGGACGAUCUUGAUGAGGACGAGUUGGACAACAUCCUAGCUCAGGUGAAACUUGAAGACAAGACGUUGAAGAAAUCCAAUUCAGAAAUUGUGGAAGACAUUCUUUCUGACGCGAGCAGUGUCGUUGAUAGUAUAGAGCAAGACCUAGAAAACGAAGAGACCCUACCUCCGUGGCCUGUUUACACGUCAGGUGGAAAACUUUUGACACCAAAGAAGUUUCACAGGUGUUCGGGGCUACUACAAGUGGACCCUAGAGACUUAAACUCGGACAGGGAGUACGAGAAUUUGUUUGGCAAACUUUCGUCUGCAGCUAUCGACGAUGCAGACUCGACAUCCUCAAGCGCAAUCAGCCCAGAAGUGCUAGCCCAGAUCAAAAAGCUUGCCAAACGCAUCCGUGGCUGGUCAGGUAGAGACCAUCGCUCGAUUCCGGGUACCACAAGAAAAUUAAGACUAACCAAAAUCAAGGACGAUUGGUUACCAAUUCCAAAAAAGCCCUUGUCCAUGGAUGAAGUUACAAGUGAAAACUUGCUCAACUUGUAUACAACUAAAUUCAAGAACGACUGGAAAGAAAUAUUGCAGGGAGAUAUUGCAAAAGAAUACAAAUAUGGCAUAAAGUACUACAACGUUGAGCCAGGACCGGCCUUCUCCAUUGCUGCGACAACGGAGUUCUUUAUGUCUGUUGUAGUACAGCCGGACCAUGAGUCUCUUAUUCAUUUGUUGCAGAAAUGUCCUUAUAGCAUUGAAACCAUACUCCAGGUCGCCUGUAUAUUACAGCGACAAGGUGACAACUCCAAUACUAACGGCUUAAUCGAAAGGGCGUUGUUUGUUUUUGAUUGGAGUCUACCAAACUCGUUCGAGCUUGGGAACGGAAAAACCAGAUUGCCUUUUGAGUACUUUCUCAAUAGACAGAUUUACUUGACCAUAUUCAGGUACAUCUCCGUUCUGACCCAAAAAUCCAUUUUUUUCACAGCGUUGACAUACUGCAAACUUUUGCUAUCGUUUGAUCCGAUGGAUGAUCCAUAUGGCGUCAGAUACCUCAUCGAUUAUUAUGCGUUCCUCUCUGAUGAGUUCCAAUACUUGAUUGACUUUGUAAAUUCUCCAUUGUGCCGCUGUUAUGAGGAAUGGCUGACUGCACCUUUGAUGUACACAGUUUCUCUCUGUUACUUCAAGCUUGGUAAAGCGGAGGAAGCAAAGCAAGCGCUAAAAGAUGCAUACCUAAGACACCCCUACACAGGCCAUCAAAUCCUUGAAAAAUUAGGCGAUAUAGCACACCCAUGGCUCUUGCAGGAUGUCAAUGACGCAGUGAAGAUUGGAACUGCGAUGUACACGGUUAGACUCAACACUUUAGUUGAAACCCCAGAGCUCAAAAACUUCUUGACUAAAGAGCUGGCUGCGAUUAUUGAAAAAACAGGGAAACCAAACCUAGGCGCAUACUAUACGAACAACCUAGAAAAGAUUCCUGACAACCUUAUCCGGAAUGCGGUUUUAUCCAACGAGUCUUCCGUCAUGGCAAAAAUACCUGAAUCUUUCUGGUCCGACAACGAUGUUUACGAGUUCGACGUGUUGCCUCCACAAAUUGGAACGACCAUCUACAACUAUGUCGAUGACAACCAAAUAUCUGCAGGAGUGAUGCAGAACACUAUGCAAGCGGAAGAAAUAAGACAGUUGCAGGACUUGCUACAGCAAAAUGUUGUAGAACGUUAAUUAGUUUAAAAGUACGUAUAGAUCAGUACGAUAUAUAACUAAUUGUAAUCUGAAAAUUAAACCUGGGGAAAUUCGAAACAUGAAUUUGCCU